AUGGGAUUUUUGAGUGGUGUUCUCAGUAACAUCAAAGAGCAUUUAGGGCAGCAUAAAGAGCAAAUUACAACAGCAAUUAAGUCCCUUGAGACUCAUGAACACCUUGGUAAGAAAGGUUUUAAUGAAGCGAUUGAAAAGGUGGUCGCAGGGGUGCGGGGGUAUAAUGAUGCUGUCAUGAAGUCUAAUAAAAAGGUGAGUGAUGUAUUAACAAAAAUGCAGAAAGAUGCAGAUAAAUAUUCAGCAGAAAGAUUAGAAAAAUUGUUGCCUCCACGAAAUGCGGAUGACCCCGUGAAAAUUGGUAAUCUCAUCGAAGCCGCCAAUGAGACAGUGGCAGAAUGUCUAAAAAAAGCCGACGAAUUUAAUACAGCUUUAGAUAUGAAAAAUAAUGCGGAGGAACUAAGAAACGCAAUGAAAGACUUAAAUCCUAAUUUGAUAACUAAAAUAGAGAAUGUGCGUGAAAAUAUUAAGCAUGAGAGUAAACGAUUGAACAAGUUGGCAGAACAUGAAAAGAAUGAUUUACACAGUAUGGAAGCAGAAAUUAAAACAAAGCUUCACGACGUUAAAUGUAAGGUAAAUGAGCAUAUUAAAAAAAAAGUGAAAGAUCUUGUCGAGAGGCUGAAAGAUAGGGUUCGUGAAAUGCAGACUAAACUGGUGGACAUAAAUGUCGACUUAACUAAGCAUCUCGAGAAGUUAGAGAAGUGGAUGAAAGAUGUUAAAAAGUUCAUAGAUGAACACCCGCGGGUUAAUGCGCAGAAAAUAUUGGAGGAAAUCAAGUGGGACAACGGCGGUGACACCAAUGUCAAACGCAACAAAAUUGACAACGCUGCAAGAGAGUUGAGGAUGAAAGCGGAGGAGCUUUUUAGAGCUGGAGAGGCGGCAAAAAAAACUGUUCAGGAGAAAGUUAGCUUGGCGCUUACGCAGGUGAUAACGAUGAAUGAUGCGCUUAAGCAAGAUUUGUGGAAGGUUAAAGCUAACAUAAAAAAAGCAGUUGUGGCAUUAGGUAAGACGUUGGAAACAAAUGUGAAACAGGAUUUGACGACGUUGAAGGGAAAGAUUAAAAGUGGCUUGCAUCCCAUUGUAGGUGGUGUAGAAACGUUUUCUAAACAAUUUGCUGCCACUAAGCAAGCUAUCGAUGGAGCAAUUCAGGCACUUCAUGGUGACGUUGGAAGACUUAAAGAGCUGGAAAAUGUUGGCACAGCCGACAUGAAAUUUAUUCACGCAUUUAGGGGUAACAACGAUCCUUUUCAAAAGCUCAAAGUAUAUUUCAAGAUACUGGACGAAGAAGUCAUGUCGAAACUUCAGACGGGUAUUACGAAGAUAGGUGAACAGAUGUUAGAAAGACUUGCAUCGUAUGCAGGCGGGAAUAACCUACAAGAUGAACUUAGAAAAUCACCGAUUAAGGAUGGAAUCGCUGAGGCGCUCAAAUCACUAUCCACUGUUAACACACUCGAUAAGCUACCCGAUCUUACUGAGGUAAAAACACUACUGGGGAACAUCAUAUUCGACGAUUUUAAAAAGGAGUUCAAACAGGCGUUUUCUCAAAUAGAUACUCUUAGCGCUACCGUCGCGGAACAAAUUACAAAACAAGAUGUAAAAUCUUUAUUCACUGCAUUAGGUGCAAUUGCUAAAGCUGUAGCCUCUCACUCUGACAAGGUAGUCAAAGCAGUCAUGCAAGGGAUCAACACAAAGGUGAAGACGGAUGUACAGGCGCUGGCAGGAGUCAUGGAUGUUAAGGUGAAGAAAAUUAGCAGUGGUGUACAAAAGGAUCAGGAUGGCGAUAAAGUUGAGUACUACGAAGGCGCGAAGGAAGACGCUAAAGGACUCGCUUGGCUAGUUAGAGAUUUUGAUAAAAACAUUAAAAUUGCCAUUACGAAUUAUCAUGGUCAAUUCGACAGCGAGUUUUUUAAGACGAAUGGCGAAGUAAACAAUUAUAAACUCGGCAGUGAUCUUAUGUCCAAUUUCCACGGGACCUACGAGAAAAACCUCAAAGACGGCGAUUUCAAAACCGACGGUGGAGAAAGCGUACUCAACAAGGAGAUUGGAGUGGAUGACAUGACCAGUGCAGGUGUGCAAGGCAACAAAAUUUCCACUAUUGCUCCUAAAACAUUCACUACUUUUGAAAGGCACGUUAACCAAGAUACCGUAGCCACCUCGCAGGGGAAUAUAGAAAACCUAAACGGUGAACUUCCAAUUAAGAUAAAAGAUAUUAGGGAGCAGGUUGCAGACAUCGCGUUGAAAUCUAUUUCCGACCUCAACGAGCAAGCCGGACAACAGUUAGAGCUGGUCACCAAAACUCUUGACGCUCUUUGCCGUGACGUUAAACGCGCCGCAGAAGACGUUCAAAUAAAUUUGAAUGUACUGAAAAGUACGAAAAUUGACGUUAAUUUAAAACGCAUUCAUGGCCUGAUUGAUGACCUUCGAACAACUCAGCUGGGCGCUGUCAUCGGCUUGACGAACAAUUUCCUCACUCAAUUCGCCGACAAAGCCGGAGAACAAAUCGUCAAAGAUCUCGAGCAGGACGCAAACAUUGAAGUGACAAAAGGCGAAACUGAUAUCAUUCAUGAAUUACGUAAAAGGUAUAUCGCCUUUAUCAAAUUGCUUCUAACAGAGUUCUCCAGCAAAUGCAAGAAUGACCUCUAUGGGCUACCCGAUGAAAUAACAAAGGACGCCGACAAGGGUGCGAAAGGGUUUAUGAAGCAGUUAGCAACAUUCUCUGAGAUGCAUCUUCAACGCGCUGACUUGACCAACCUAGCGUCUUUCUCUCGCCCGGCAACAUCAUUCAUAGGUGACCUGCUUGAAAAAGUAGCCUCAAGUGACGAUAUCGGCGCCAAGCACAACGCACUUUCUCAAAUUGGCAAAGCUGUGAGAACCAUGCUUAACAAAAUAACAAAGUACAAUCACAAAUUCCUCACCCACCUCUCCGCCCUUUCCUCCCUCUCGAAACCAUCCGCCCCGCAUCCUACGCCGACG